GUUCGUCGUUGAUUGAGAGAGAUUAACAUUGGCGACGGCAAUGUCAUCGUCGAGAAAAAACCAUUCUGAAGUAUAUAAAUACACACUCAAUCGAACCCUAAAAGUCUCUGUAACUCAUUUCCCCUUACUCUCUCAGCCGCUUCACCAGCGCCACCAUCAUAUACUGAGGAAAACUAAAAGAGUAUGGAGGGUGUGGAUGCAAGUUCUUCGAUACAUAACGCCAAGAACCAAAAGCUUAGCAAAGAACAUGAUGUGGGUGAAGGUGAAAAUAGAAUAGGCAAUCUGACAGAUACAAUUGCUCAACACAUCCUGUCCUUCCUUCCAACAAAAGAUGCUGCUAAAACUAGUAUACUAUCAAAAAGGUGGACAUACCUAUGGUUGUCAAUUCCAGUUCUUGAUUUUCAUGAUGGGGCAAAUCAUUAUUCUGAUUCUGAUGAGCCACCAUAUAAGAGGAAACACUUCAUGGAUAUUGUGGAAAGAGUUCUUUUGCUCCGUGAUUACUCAAACAUAACAAACUUUUCACUCACAUGCAAUGUGCUAAAUGAUUCGUCUCGCAUUAAUACGUGGAUAUCUGCUGUAGUGAAGCAUAAGGUUCAAGUUUUAAAUAUUCACCUUUAUAAAAUUCGAGAACCAUUCAUAUUGCCUUGUUGCCUAUUUACCUGUGAAUCAUUACAAGAGUUAAAACUCAAUAUUUAUUAUCCUCUCAAGCUUCCUUCUUUUGUAUCAUUUUCAAGUCUCAAGAUCUUGACACUUAUCCGCAUUGUAUUUCCGGAUGAUCAUUCUGCACAAAUGCUCUUUAAAGUUUGCUCCAUCUUGGAGGAGUUGCAUUUAAUUUCUUGCAGUUGGGAGAAUGUCAAGGCUGUUUGUAUUUCUAGCCCCAGGAUUCAUAAAUUGCACAUAGAAGACAAAGAACCUCCACCCAAUUAUGUUACGGAUGAUGAGGAUGAUGACAUGGAUGGUGAGAAUAAUUCAGUUGACCAGAAUGAUGAUUCAGAUGAUGAGAGUGAUAACAUAGAUGAUCAGAAUGAUGACAUAGAUAAUCAACAUAGUUCGGAUGACCAAAGUGAUGAUACAGAUGAUCAGAGUGAUUCAAGUGGUUGUCAGUUUGCGGUGUUUGGGACUAGUCUGAAGUACUUUUCUUACUUCGGUGGAUUUUUUCUUGAUUGUUAUAUUCAAGACUCAUCCUCAAUACUGGAAGCAGACCUUAUGGCAUGCUAUAGUGACAGGAAAAUUGAUUAUCGUGCAUUUAAGCUUCUCAGGGGGCUCUCUAAUGCCAAGAGCCUAAAACUAGAUCAGUUUGCAGUCAAGGCCCUCGAUGACGAGUUAGUAGCCCAUCUGCCUGUGUUUAAUAGUUUGACCCAUGUACAUUUUGAUUGGGUGGUCUUGUUUUACAGUCGUCAACUACUGCUGUCCAUGCUCCAGAAGUUUCCUUGUCUUUCUUCCCUCAAGUUUGAAGGGUUGUCAUUCAUGUUCCGCUAUUUUGGAACUUAUGAUUGGACUUUGGAUCCCGUGCCUGGAUGUUUUUUGACACACCUCAAGACCAUUGAAAUCUCUAUGUUUUGUGGAUCAGAAAUUGAGCUACAUGCAGUUAGGAUUUUGCUUAAAAGUGCAACAGUCUUAGAGAAGAUUGUUAUUUCCUUUAAUCCCUGGGAAUUAAAAGAUGCUGAUGGCUUAAAAAAGCAACAGGAGGCUCAUGAACAAAUACUAUCUUUUCCUAGAGCAUCAUUGAAUUGUCUUAUAGCCAUAUCUUGUCCACCAAAAGAGAAGAAACGCCUCAAGUUCUUCUUAUGAGCCUUCUGCUGGUUUCAACUAUUAAAAUAAGAAUAUGGCUGACUAUUUCAUGGUAUAACAAAAUUGAAUGACAUGUUUAGCAAUUAGCAUCUACUCUUUCACAUACACGGUCUAGAAAUUACAGUUAUGGAAUUCUCUUCUU